GUAAAACACUGGUUAGUUUUUUCUUUAAUACUACUGAACACUGUUAUUGUUAUUUUGCAGCACGUUUGAGAUGGACAUGUUUCUUUCACACAGCUCGCAGAUAAACACCACACAGCCGACUGAAGACUGGACAACUGUGUACUCAGCAGUGCGGUGGAUUCAAAUGUCAAUGGCACUUCUAAGUAUUUUAGGCUCUGGCUCCAUCAUUUUCUACACUGUUCUCCAAAGACAUGUAAGAACUUCUGAGGUACAACCUCUGUUUCUUUUGUGUUUAACGGACCUGCUGUUAGCUGUGAGCUGGUUGAGUGGCGCUCUCCUCUUCAGCAGCUCCUGUGACUCCCAUGCUACCUGUUACAACCUCCAUACUGUGGAGCAGACUCUCUUCAUGGCUUCCUUUUUCUAUACACUUCACUAUGUGUGGGUGCUCUACACUGGUUUGAAGGAGAAGUAUUAUUGCAGACAGAAUGGUUUCCCAGCUCAGGCAAACCCGUGCAGCCAGCUGGCAGCAGUUAUGUCCUGUGUUUUGCCACUGGUGCUCACAGUGCCAGUGUUCAUAACAGGCAAUGCGUCACACUGUUAUGUAAACUUUACCCAGCCCUACAGAUGCCUUUUGUUACACACCGGUGCGCUCUACCUAACCUCACAGGAGAGUGAGAUACUCAUGGCUUGUAAAAUCAUCAGUGACUACACCAUCACUACCUUCCUAAUAACCUUCUUCUUUACUCUUACUGGGAUUGUGGUGCUAAUGGUAAAAGCUCGCUCCUUGUACAAACGCUGUGUUACUUCUCAUGGCUUCUUUGCUGACCGUCAAUGGGCCACACUUCGUGUGCUGGAACAGCGCAUGAUUCUUUACCCAUCUGCAUUCUUUUUCUGCUGGGGACCAGCAAUUUUCCUGGCCACCAUGAUGUUAAUCAAACCAGAGGAAGUGGAAGGAAGGGUGGGAGUUAUCUUGUACAUUCUACAGGCCUUCACCUCUGGCUCUCAGGGUCUCUUGAACUGUCUGGUGUAUGGCUGGACCCAGCAGAACUUCCGUACCCUAAGCAGUAGCACUGUGAGAGAUGCUGAUACACAAACGCCACUGUUACGCUCCCAGAAGCAAACUUACAACACCCUCUGGUCAUCCAGCACAGACAUGCAACAUGUCUGAGGGAUGUGAAAAGAAAAAUACUUCUUAUAGCCCAACCUAUAGUCUAAACUGCCUUAUGACUUGUCCUGAGGGACUUAUAGUUACUUGUGUGACACUUGCAAAAGGAAAAAGGCUGGACAUCCAUGUGUGAAGUGCAUCUCUGAAGAGUUGGGGUUUUUUACUUGUAUGGUCACACAUGGGGCAGUGUACCUGUUGCCAUGGCAACAAUGGCAGGUGGCCAGUCAAGACGGUUAAACAUGAGGACAAAAACUUUAUCUGAGAGUUUUGAAAAGUGUCUCAAAGAAGGAAGAGGUCUAGUAUUGGUUUUGUUAUGAGUCCUGCUGCUGCACCUGCCACCAGAAACAUAAGCAAGGAAAUUCCUCUACAGAGUCUCCAGCUAUGUUUAUAAACAGCAUCAAACUUUACAUAAGGUUACAGACUGAAAAGGAAGAUAGGACUUAUUUUUGAUAACCGGCAGGAAAGGCCGAAAGUAACCUUUUUGAAGAUACAAAUCAAAGGGAACUAUACUUUUACAGAAGUCUCAUAUUAGACUUAGAAAUACCCAAAGGGCCCAACAACAAAUGCCACAAAAUCCACCAAACCCAAAUGAAAUUCUUUUACAGUAAGUGUUUACUCAAACACAUCAGAGUGGACUUCCCCUGCUGGCAUAUUGUGAGAAGUUCAUGACAAGUACUGCAAAACCAGCAUAUUUACUCUUUUUUUUCUUUUUCUUGGGGAAGCAGGUAAAACACAGGCAUGUCAGAAAUCAGGUGUGUCCUUUCAUACAUAACAUGUACACAUCCGUGACAAAAUCUGGGAAUAUUUCAUUUUAAUUGUAUAGCAUUUUUAAUAAUAGACACAAAACAGCUUUACAUGAAUCUGGAUGCAGAUUUAGCAUAUUGAAGCAAAGCAUUUUUAAUAAACACACAGCAGACCGUGCUUCUAUACAGAAAUCUGUGUGAAUAACACAAUGUGCUUUUUAACUGUUUAUUUUUACAUUUAAUGUUAGGAACAUCUCAUUUAUGUUCUAAACAGUUGCUUUCUCACCAGCCUUUCCUGUAUUCUCUCUCUUGAAGUUAAUGAGACAAAAAACAGGAAAAUUUACAAAGCACUAUGAUCAUUACAAAGUGCUGACACCCAAGACUCCUUACAUAAACGUUACAUAAACAUAUCCUGACAAAAAACUUCACCACAUUAGUGAUUAUACAUUGAGCAUCCACCCUGUGUAUGAGCUGUUACUAAAACAGCGUUUUCAAAUUAGUACAUAUCCGAGAAUUCAACCACACUGUUGUAUAUAAGCAAAAAAUAUUAAAUGUAUCACUCAGGUGGUCAGGUGGAUAUCACUGGCAUAAAAACAGACUCAUUUACCAUAAUUUCAUGUUAACAGGGAUUUUUUGGAUUACUCAAUUUCUCAUUAGUAUAAUCAAUAAUUAAGUAUAACAUGCAUAUUUGCUGCAAAUAUACAUUUAAUUUAUAUCAAUGCAUACAUGUCCUUAAUCAUAGAGCAGGUGAUUUGCUGUAAUAAAUAAAUUAGUGCUUAGGUACAACAAAAGUCGAGGUCAAGAAUAAGUGUCUGCAGUGUGUGACGAAGGGCAAAACCAUAAGGGAUUAUAAAAAGAGGAAACAGGUUUUGUCCUAGACCUACAUACACAUUUUAUACUUUGGAAUUUGUAAUGGGAACUUUGGGGUUGAAUGUAGGACUAUGAUAACUUGAGAGUGAGGGAGAAAAUAGUUUUCUCAAUAUGUUUGCAUGUUUGCACUGUCACGUUUUAUUCACAUUGUAGAGCUUGUUCUGUCAACAUGCAUACAUUGUUGAUCAUUAUUGAUUAUUGCGAACUGUACGCUUUGUACAAACAGAUGGCUUGAAGCAGUGGUAGUUUAGUUCACGUUUGUAUAAAACAAUACAACCCAACCCUAAGGUACUGUAAUAUGUGUUUUAUACUCUGUUUUAUACGUUAUACUCUGUUUUAUAAAACAAGUAUUAUAAGUAGUCAUCUUAAUUAUUU